UAAUUAUAUGCAAACGCGUUAUCCUCGUCAUUAAAUCACUUAAUCUGUCAUAAAUAUUCAACCUCCUCAGGUUACUGUUGUUAGAAGUAUAUCCCCAGUUGUAGUUAGAACUUUAGAAGGUACUAAAUAUCGUUAUAUAGUUCCGGUAUAUUAUCAGAAUGAUUAAACUAACUGGAAGGAUAAAUACUAUGAACUUAGACAUCAAUAUUGGCUAUUGGAAGAUAAAUGUAGUAAAUUAGAAGAAUUAUAAAUAAAACAUAGUAGAUGUGAAGUUGUAAGAGAAAGUGAAUUAAAAUAAAUUAAUGAAUUAUUUACUUAAAGCUAGCAUGAUAUUAAAUAACUUAAACAUUGCUUAGCUAAAGUUGAUUCUUAAAUGAAUGAAGAUUACAAACUGAAAUAUUAAUAGGCAAACGAUUAACUAGAAUCGAUCAAAUCUGAAUUCAUUAAAUUGCAAUAAGAAUUAUAUUAAUCUUAAUAAUAAUCUACCCAAAAUACUCAGAGAUAACCAUAAUAAAUAAAUUAAUUAAUUAUUUCUAAUGCAGAGCUUUAACGAUAAAAUGAAUAAUUACAAUUAAUAAAUAAAAACCUAUAAUAAUAAAUAGAUACACUUCAUAUUCGAUAUACUGAGUCCGGAAACCAAUACAAUAAAAUUUAAGAAUUAUUAGCAUUAACAGUCCUUAAAAAUGCAGAAAUAGAUAGCCUUAGAGUAUUAGUCUCAGAAAAAGAAAAAAUGAUUUAAUAACUUCGCACUUAAUAUUUAUCAUAAUAUAGAUGA